AUGUCGCUUGCUUCUGUGCGCAACAUGCGCUCACAAUGGUUUCCCCCAAAACCGAGCUUCACCGAGCAUACACUGCCGUCACAACUUGGCCGCGUUUUCAUCGUCACGGGUGGCAAUGCGGGCGUGGGCUACGAGCUUGUCAAGAUCCUAUACGCUACCGGUGCCACUAUCUAUAUGGCGUCGAGAUCCAAAGAACGAGCAGAGAAGGCCAUCGAAGCAAUCACCAGCGCCGCGCCCGAAAACCCCGGUAAUAUCAAAAUCCUCCUUCUCGACCUCAACGACCUCGAAAGUGUGAAGGCUGCCGCCGCAUCCUUUGCCCAGCAAGAAUCGAAACUAGACGUCCUGUGGAAUAAUGCUGGGACCGGCGCACUGGGAGUCGAGGUCGGCGCGCGAACAAAACAGGGCUUCGAAGCUAUGGUUGGCAUGCAUUGUAUCGCAGCGCAGCUCUUCACGCAACUCCUGGUUCCUCAACUACGUGCAGCUGUUGGUACCAACGCUCCGCGCGGUUCGGUGCGCGUUGUGUGGACCUCAAGCUUCCUGGGUGAUGCAUCCUCGCCCACCAACGGCAUCGACUUUAGCACUCUUGAAAAGGGCACCUCAGACCGCACUCGGAACUACGCUGUAUCGAAGAUCGGUAACUGGAUGCUAGGUCGCGAAAUGGCCACCCGGUAUCCCGAUAUCGUUUCUGUGACGCAGAAUCCUGGGAACCUCAAGGCUGGCUCAUACGCCGGGACGCCUGCCUUGGCCAUGUUCUUCAUCAAUCCGUUGCUCUACGAAGCCAAGUUUGGCGGAUAUACCGAGCUGUUUGCUGGUCUGUCACCAGAGAUAUCUCUCGAGAAUAAUGGCGCAUACGUGAUCCCUUGGGGACGGAUUCGUCAAGACUCGGACUGCCCGCGGAAGGACAUUAUCAAUGCGAUGAAGACCAGCGCAGACGGCGGUCUAGGAUACACUACGAAGUUUUGGGAUUGGUGUGAGGAGCAGUGGAGACCAUUUGUUUGA